UUUUUGCGUAAGUUUUCACAUUUGGAAAGCGAAGUCAGCUGUUGCUUCUGCUUAAGAUUUAGAUUCAUGCUACAGUCUGAUUUAGAUCGGCAGUUUCGUUCCCAACUUAACGUCACGAGACUCGUUCUGCUUUCUUUAUAUGAAGUUUACGAUCAGCUAGUGUUAAAAUAUAGUCUCUUAAUACAAUCAAUUCUGGCGCAUAACUUCCUUACAGUGUCCAUUAUGAUCGAGGCAUACUUAGCUGAGCAACCCAAUACUUAGUUUCUGGAGACUUGAAGUUUCAGUACUCAAAUACAAGUGCCUACCAUUGGGAAUUUGAUCAUCUCUUGAAUAUUAUCAUUAACAAUAAAACUGUGACUUCUAAACAUACUGUUAGUAUAAAUUUGUCUGAGGCAGUGUAUCUACCUCUGACAGGUUGUUUUCAAUCAAAUUUUGGGCCAUAUGGACUUCGAAACUCCAACAAUGGAAUAAGGCAUCGCCCAAUGACCCCACUAAGGGUGCUUAGGGGUCUGAUAUGUUUACUGGUUCUGUUGGCAACAGCAUUUAUGAUGUUAGUCUAUUGGGGUUUUCUGAGUGCUGUCGUGUUGCGACUUUUUAGCAUACAUUAUAGCAGGAAAGCAACGUCGUUUUUCUUUGGUGCUUGGCUAGCUUUGUGGCCUUUUCUCUUUGAAAAGAUAAAUAAGACUAAGGUUGUUUUUUCUGGAGAGUCUGUUCCAGAAAGGGAACGUGUUUUACUUAUUGCAAAUCACAGAACGGAGGUUGACUGGAUGUACUUGUGGGACCUUGCCUUGCGGAAACAAUGCCAGGGAUAUAUUAAGUAUAUCCUUAAGAGUAGUUUAAUGAAAUUACCUGUUUUUGGUUGGGGAUUUCACAUUUUGGAGUUCAUCUCAGUGGAAAGAAGGUGGGAGGUUGAUGAAUCAAACAUGCACAAAAUGCUUUCAACUUUUAAAGAUCCUGGGGAUCCCCUUUGGGUUGCUCUGUUCCCAGAAGGCACAGAUUUUAAUGAACAGAAGUGCAUAAGAAGUCAAAAAUAUGCGGCUGAAAAUGGCUUGCCUAUCCUGAAAAAUGUGCUGCUUCCAAAACAAAAAGGGUUUUGUGCCUGCUUGGCAGAUUUGAGGGGGUCCCUGGAUGCAGUUUAUGACGUGACCAUUGGAUACAAGUAUCGUUGUCCAACUUUCUUAGACAAUGUCUUUGGUGUGGAUCCUUCAGAAGUUCAUAUUAAUGUCCGACGCAUCCCUGUCAUUGACAUGCCAACAUCUGAAGAGGAGGUUGGUACUUGGUUGAUAUCUACAUUUCAGCUCAAGGACAAGCUGCUUUUUGAUUUUUAUUAUCAAGGACAUUUCCCGCAUGAAGGAACAGAGGCAGAGCUCUCCACAGUUAAGUGCCUUGUAAACUUUACAGCCGUUGUUGUCUUAAUUAGUGCAACAACAUAUUUCACACUUUUCUCAUCCGUUUGGUUUAAGAUUUAUGUUUCUUUAGUUUGUGCCUAUUUGGCAUCUGCUACCUAUUUCAAUGUUCGCCCGGUGCCAGUUCUCAACUUUGUUAAAGCUAUGUUUAAUCACUAACUAUAUAAUCUUUUCAGACGGUUUCAAAUGGGUUUUAGGUAUUGAUUUCUGGCAUUCAAAAUGUUGCAGGCGAACUACAUUUUACCUUCAUGUGAUCAGUUGAUGUUAUCAGUCAUUGGUUUAAUUAGUAAGAUUAGAUCUUCGAUUUUCUAA